AUGCAUGGUUAGUUAUAAAUUUUAGAGUUACAGCUAAGGUUAAGUUUUGUGUUCUUUGCAACGAAUAAACAUAAAAAAGCUAUGUCUUUAAUCGAUCAACUUUACGAGCGUAUUGAAGAUCCAAGUGAAGUAAGUGUAUACGACCAAAGUGAUAGUGAAAUUACGCAAUUUUUUGCCAACCGAACGAUUUUUAUUACUGGUGUCACUGGUUUUUUGGGAAAAUGUUUACUAGAAAAAUUAUUGAGGAGCUGCAGGAAAAUCAAGCAUAUUUAUAUUUUAAUAAGAGAAAAAUCAAAUGAAACAAUAGAAGAGCGAACGGACAAGUAUUUCAAUCAUGUGAUUUUCGACCGAUUAAGACAGGAAUAUCGUGAUUUUCAAAGAAAAGUCACUCCAAUCAAAGGUGAUUUAAUAAAUGAAGAUUUAGGAUUGUCCGAAAAAGAUAAGCAAAGAAUUAUAAACGAAGUCAAUAUUAUUUAUCACAAUGCGGCAAAUGUGCAGUUUCUUGAAAAAGUUAGAGUGUCACUGAAAACCAAUGUUCUUGGUACUAAGCGUAUGCUGGAUUUAGCUCGAGAAUGCAAACACAUGGAAGCAUUCAUAUAUGUAUCGACAGCAUAUUCGCAUCUCUAUACCAAAAAUAUUGAGGAAAAAUGUUACCCAUUUGCGGCAGAUAUAAAUGUUAUUUAUCAGGCUAUUGAAGCUGAUGAAAAAUCUGAAGAUAGACUGAAUGAAGAAGCUUUAAAAUUAUUAAUUGGGCGUCAUCCCAAUAUUUACACCUAUACCAAAGCCUUUUCCGAAGAACUCGUCAGACAAUACGGACAGAAUGCUGAUUUUGCGCAUAUUAUUUACAGACCGAGUAUUGUUACAGCUACCUAUAGAGAACCAAUACCUGGAUGGUGGGCUAACACUUUAGGUCCAGUUCUAAUUUUCUUAGCUGGUCCAAUGGGAAUGGGACAUAUAGGUUAUCUGCUCGACGUUCCAAUAGAUUUCAUUCCAUGCGAUCUCACUGUGAAUGCGCUCUUUGCAAUUACACGGGAUGGUCAUAGUCAAUGGAAAAAUGGUCACAAUCAGACAUUAGUAUAUAAUUAUGGCAGUAGUACGACAAACCCUUGCACUUUGAAAAUGGGAUAUGAACUAUCUCAUAAAAUUCCUUAUAAUGAAAGACCUCAGAAAGCUGUUUGGUAUAAUUUUAUGAUUUUCACUGAUCAUUACUGGUUAUUUUUAAUACUACACAUGCUACUGCACUUUAUACCUGCCUGCAUUGCUGAUUUGGUCCUUAUCUUAUCGAGUAAAACCCCCAGGCUGGUCUCUAUAUUUUUAAAAUUUACGAAGAACUUGAAUUUAGCAUACUACUUCGCUAAUGGAAAUUGGAAAAUACAUAUGCCAAAAACGUUGGAAGUAAUUGAAAAAAUGAAUCCUACAGAUCAGCAAAUAUUUUAUUGUAACAUACGUAGUCUAUCCUGGGAAGAGUAUUCUUGGACGUCUUGGAGAGGUUUGAAAAAAUAUAUUUUAAAGGAAGAAAUAAGUAGUGAAAAAGCCCAAAAAUGGCAUGUAAAACUAUGGUAUAUGCACUAUGGCUUGAUUACCAUGAGCAUUCUAGGACUUUGCUAUUAUUUAUUAACAAAGUUGAUAUCAGUGAUAUCCUGGAUAAUUUUAUAAUUAAAAUAUGACUCUACAAAAUGUAUAAAUUUUUUCACACUUUCAUAGAUUAAUUAGCUUGACAAUUGAUUAAUUGAUUUAAUUUUUGAAAAUAUUUAUUAUACGAAUUAAUGAGUAUUUUGAUAUAUUUUGUGUAAGUAUCGGGAAAAUUUUGAAUGAUUGCACUUUUUCUGAUUAAGAGUAAAAACUCAAAGAUUGCGAAUCAUCUCUAAUCAAGAUCACCAAAUAGAUUUAUUUAUUAUUUGUAAAGAUGAAAUUCCAUAUAAAACUAUUUCAUUUCUACAAGAAUAUUUAAAAAUACCAUCACCUAUCUCUUCUUGUGUCAUAUUUCCAAGCUAACCAAUCACCCAGGGAGUACUUGCCAAUUAAAGUAGAGUAAUGUAUUCAUUGAGUCGGCAUCUUGCGAAUGGUGGAUAAGACGCGAGAAGUUUUGAUUCAACAGUGGCGAGAAUAAGUCAAGCAGAGCUCAGUGUCAAUUCUCAGAGCAAUCUACCGAUGCAGAUUAGGAGCUUCUCGCCCUCGUUAUUCCGAGUGCGCUCGCGAGACUUAAGAUUGAUUGGAGGGGCGAAUUGAGAAAUGAAUACGAAUAGAGAUGCUGCCUUGAUUACUGGGAAUGCCGAAAAUUAGCACACGGCUGGCUUAAACCUAAUGAGACUCUUAAGGCACACCGCUUACGAUUCGUGCUUUACUACAUGUACAAUGGAGUUGAAGAUGUUUGGCGGAAAUUGAGUCCAUGUUGACUCUAUUAGAAAAUUAAACACUCUGACUCUGAUGAAAAUGAACGUCUUAGCUUUUCAAAGUAAGCUACUCUAAUAACAUAAGAUUUUUGUUAUAUUUGCUUAUUUACUACUAGUAAAGCUUAUUUGCUAAUAUGUUAAAAAUAAGGGAAAAAUUAAAAAUUAAGGGAUCAAAAGGAUGUUUCAUUUUGGAUGAAUUAGUAUUUUAAAGUUGUUUUUCUUAUUGAUGAGUGUAUAGAGAAAAUACUUUUUUUGAAUGACAGUAAGCGAAAAACCUUGUUUCUACGUUUCGAUUUUUGGCUUUUUUAUUUUGGGGCAAGCUUCGGCAGAAAUCGCUUCACGCCACUCAUUUAUCCAUAAAUCUGACGAUAAAUAACGAAGCCAUAUUGGGGAGUUGCGACCGAGCGCUUCUGUGUCCUUUCUUUCUCUUAAAGUGGCAAGUGUCAGAAGCGGGGCUGUGCUGUACAGAAAAGCACAUAGGCCAGUGAAAUUUUUUUCUUUCUCACUCAUAGCUUAUCGCGUGGCGGCCCACAAAUGCGCCGGAACGCAUUUAAAAUGUAUUGAACUGUCAUGGGCUGGCGGUUUUUCCGGAUUUUUACAUUUUUCAUCGGCGAGCAGACAGCAACGUAUAUGGGCGGAUUAGGGCGGUUAUUGUUGCUCCUAAGUGUCUUGGUCAAGGGGCUUGGGGGAUGUGUUUGUUGAAAUGGGGUAGUUACCCCUCUACACCUUUUUUUAGAUUGGAAACCACAAUAACUGUUUAUAUUUCGUUUCUCAGUAUGUACGUAUUUCUUAUGAUAUAACUAUAGAAAAACUAGUUGAAACUUGUGUUAUCAGCG